AUGGUGAUAUGGUACCUGCCAGUUAAAGAUCGCCUGAAGCGACUAUAUUCCAUCCGUGACGACGCCGAGUUGAUGAGAUGGCACCAGGAGGGUAGGAAAAAUGGCGGUAAGAUCCGACACCCCGCUGAUGCUCGACAGUGGAAAAACUUUGAUGCACUACACCCGGAAUUUGCAAAGGACCCGAGAAAUGUAAGGUUUGCACUGAGCACGGACGGAAUGAACCCGUUCGGUGACCUAAGGAACACACACAACACCUGGUCAGUUCUGCUAACGAUGUACAACUUGCCUACAUGGAUUUGCCAGAAGCGAAAGUAUAUUCUUUUGUCUAUCCUUAUACAAGGUCCAAGACAGCCUGGGAUUAACAUAGAUGUGUUUCUGCAACCAUUGAUGGAAGACAUGCAAGAACUGUGGGAGGAAGGGUCACGAAUGUGGGACGAGUACCGUAGGGAACAUUUUACUCUGCAUGCCAUCAUAUUCAUUACGAUCAACAACUUACCGGCAAACUUUUCGCUCUCGGGCCAGUUUAAGGGGAAGUUCGGAUGCCUCAUAUGUAUCAACAAGACGUCGUACAAGUACCUCACCUCGUCAACCAAGGGUGUGUACAUGCGUCAUUGUCAGUUCUUACCUCAGCGGCAUAGGUGGCGUGCGAAGGCCAGAUUGUUCGACAAUAUAGUAGAGAACGAUCUAGCUCCUGAAACACGAACUGGUGGCUCUGUCUUCGAGCUGACAAAGAACAUUAAGGUUGUAUUCAGCAAGCUAAAGAAGAAGCCCGUCAAGAGGAAGAAACGGACAAAUCAGGAAAAAAUUGAUGCACCUUUAGAGGAAACUUACUUCAACAUGAUGGAGCAUCUGAUUGUCCACAUCAUACCUCAGAUUGUCGAGAUUGGUCCCCUAUAUCUACACCAGAUGUGGGCGUACGAGAGGUACAUGUCCGUCAUGAAAGGGUAUGUCCGUAACCGAGCUCAUCCGGAGGGAUCAAUGAUAGAGGGGUACAUAACUGAGGUGGUGGUAGAAUGCUGCAUAGAUUACAUCAAGGACACCGAACCCAUCGGUGUGACCCCCCUUUUACACGAGGGCCGGUUAGCUGGGACAGGGAUCGUAGGCAAGAAAAGGUUCUAUGAUGAGGACUUCAAAGAUGUAGCGGAAGCACAUAGCAGCGUUUUGCAACAGCUCGCCAUCGUCGAGCCGUACAUUCAGGAACACAUGAACGAGAUAAGAGCCCGCAACCCUAGAAGAACGGCCAUUUGGAUAUGUAAAGAACAGAAACGGAAAUUUCCUGAAUGGUUGAAGGAAAAAGAUAUGCCGUUGGGUGAUUCGCUGAAGGAAAAAACUUUGCGCAGGCUAGCAAAUUGCCCAACUAGCCUUGUGACCUCAUGGCAAGGGUACGAUAUCGGUGGAUAUAGGUUUUACACGAUGUUCAAGGUCAAGAAAAGCGCAGCUCAGAACAGCGGAGUUCGGGUGGAGGCGUUUGACGCAUCAGAUGAGAAGAAGUCUUACUACGGGAUCAUACAGGACAUUUGGGAGCUGGACUAUGGCCUUAACAUACAGAUCCCGGUGCUACGAUGCCAAUGGGUCAGAGACACAACAGGCGUAUCCAUCGAUGACUACGGCCUGAUGGUUGUGGAUCGUAGCAAACUAGGACACAAGGAUGAUCCGUGGGUUCUUGCUAAGCGUGUUGCUCAGGUUUUCUAUGUCAAUGAUCCUUUCGACGAUAAGAUGGCCAUUGCUGUACCGGGAAAGCAAAACAUCAUUGGCAUUGAUAGCAUUGAAGACGCGUCAGAUUACAACCAAUACGACGACGUCCCUUUGUUCACAGAUUUUCCUAACCGGAUCAAGGAAGUUGAGACAAGCCUUGACGAAGAUCUGUUUUUCGCCGACCCCGCCAUCUUCCCCGAGCCACCGGCCUACCACCUCCUCCCCAAGCCGCUGACGACGCCGACCCCGCCAUCUUCCCCGAUCGAGGACGCCGCCGACCACCUCCUCCCCAAGCAGGCGCCGCCGACUGACGACGCCGGCGACCACCUCCUCCCCGAGCUGCCGGCCGACCACCUCCUCCCCGACCUCCUCCGGCCUCGUCGACAGAUGUUUAGCGUCCAUGUUCCUCAAGGCCGGUGCGGAUGUCUCAGCCUCACCUUCCGUGUCCCACUCGACAUUGCCAAUGUCGAGUGGGACACGGAAGAUAGCGACAGCGGGGGCAAUAUCGAGUGGGACGCAGAUGGUGAGACCGAGACAUUUCACCGGCCUUGA